AUCCCUGCUCUGUGCGAGCCGGAGAGGAGAAGGUCCGCCAUUAUUGGGGAAGCUGAGCAGGAAGAAAAAAAAAUCCACUCGUAGCCAAAACGUCAUCAUCGCACAUUUCUCUCCAGCGAGAGGGGCUUAACACGAGAAAGGAGGACAACACAGCGACGAGCUGUCCUGACUUGGAAAAACAGCGCUGCCGUUGGAAAUGACGGCGGAGCCUCGAGUCGGCUUCCUGGCGGACGCUUUUGUUUUAUUUUUUUAUUUUUAUUUUGGUUUCUGACACAACAAAGGGGAUAAUAAACUGGUGAAAACAACAACGCGGUGCUGGUCCAAGGAGGGGGAAAACACACAGAAACAAGCGCUCCUCAACGCUCGCUCCCCUCUUUUUUCUCUCUCUCUCUCCUCGCCAGACGUUUCCAGCCGCUGUGAAAGGACGGGACUUCUUUUUUGUAAUUUUUUUUUUAUUUCUAUUUUGUGGAGAACAUUUUUCUUUCUUCUUCUUCCUUUAAGCAGAAAUUAGUUUAGCUUUUUAUUUUUUUAUUUUUUUUGUUGUUGGAAGGGAAAGUACAAAUGGUCAUGUCUGAAAACUUCAGACUAUAAGCGGAGGAGGAGGAGGGGAGUGAGCUCCUAAUGUUGGGAGAAAUGGGCCAGACGGCGUGUUUACUAGAGAAGCGGAAACAACGCUAGAUGUUGAGUGGCGGUGGGGAGAGUUUUUGUGCAGGCUUCGUUUUUAAUAAUAAUAAUAAUUAUUAUUAUUAUUAAAAUAAAAGUGUUUCCCCGGCCGUGGGCCGCAGAGGAGCGACACCGAGGAAGAAAGGAGUGGACAAGACACCGGGCUGCUUCUGGACAAGACCUAAGUCGAGUAAGCUCCUUUUUGCAUGGAAACCCUGCUUCCCUGGCAGCUCCCUCCUCUCCCUAGAGCUAGCAGCCAGCAUGGCAGGAUGAGCUUCUGCAAGCGACGAUGAUGGCCAAAAAACAAGAUGCCCGGGCUCCCAUCUACAACCUGGUCGUGGUGGGGUUGUCUGGCACCGAGAAGGAGAAAGGCCAAUGUGGCGUGGGCAAGUCCUGCCUGUGCAACCGCUUUGUUCGGCCGAGCGCAGACGACUUCCACUUGGACCACACCUCCGUUUUAAGCACUAGUGACUUUGGAGGACGUGUGGUGAAUAAUGACCACUUUCUGUACUGGGGAGAAGCUGGCAGGACGAUAGAAGAGGGGCAGGAGUGCCGUAUGAACGUGGUGGAGCAGACUGAGUUUAUUGACGAUCAGACAUUUCAGCCACACCGUAGCACGGCGCUCCAGCCUUACAUCAAGAGGGCAGCUUCCACCAAGCUGGCUUCAGCUGAAAAGCUGAUGUACUUUUGCACAGAUCAGCUGGGGCUAGAGCAGGACUUUGAGCAAAAGCAAAUGCCUGAAGGGAAGCUUAUAGUGGAUGGCUUCUUACUCAGCAUUGAUGUUAGUAGGGGUAUGAACCGUAGCUUUGAGGAUCAGAUGAAGUUUGUUGGCAACCUGUAUAAUCAACUAGCCAAAACAAAGAAGCCUGUGGUACUGGCUCUCACUAAAUGUGAUGAAGGAGUUGAGCGCUACAUUAAAGACUCACAUGCUUUUGCCCUUGCCAAGAAGAACCUACAGGUGGUUGAAACUUCAGCCCGCUCUAAUGUCAAUGUUGACCUGGCAUUUCUUACUCUGGUUCAGCUCAUAGACAAGAGCAGGGGAAAGCCCAAGAUUAUCCCAUACUUUGAGGCUUUGAAACAGCAGAGCCAACAGAUCGCCUUAGCCAAAGACCGCUAUGAGUGGCUGGUCAACCGAAUUGUGAACAACCACAAUGAGACGUGGCCUGCUGUCAGCCGUCGUAUGCAGACAGCUCCUGAGUACAAGGACUAUGUUUUUCUUGAAGGAACGGCGAAGGCCAAGAAGCUCUUCCAACAACAUGUGCACAGACUAAAGCAAGACCAUAUAGAGAAACGCAGGAAGGCCUAUUUAAAUACUCUACCACAGGCCCUGUCUGUACUCAUACCAGAGUUGGAUGAGAUAGACCACUUGAGCUGGUCUGGAGUUCAGAAGGUAUUGGAGACAAAGAGAGAUUUCUCUCUGUGGUUUGUCAUUUUGGAUGAUACCCCUUGGGAGACGACACCGCACAUUGAUAAGAUGGACGAUGAUCGAAUCCCCCAGGACCUACUGGAGACACCAGCAGCUGAAGUCAUCUAUGAAACCCAUUUGGAUCAGUUAAGAAAGGAACGCAAGCGAUCAGAGAUGAGAUGGGAGUUCAAAGAAAGAUUAAGUGUUUCUCCUUUCAUCACACCAGGGAAACCAUGGGAAGAGGCUCGAAGUUUCAUCAUGAAUGAGGAUUUCUACCAGUGGCUGGACGAAGCUGAAUAUUUAGACAUCUACAACAAACAUCAGAAGGAAAUCAUUGACCGGGCCAAAGAAGACUUUCAGGAACUGCUUCUUGAAUACUCUGAGCUCUUUUAUGAGUUAGAAGUGGAUGCAAAACCAAGUAAAGAGAAAAUGGGAGCCAUUCAGGAGCUGUUGGGCGAGGAGCAAAGAUUUAAAGCACUACAAAAGCUGCAGGCAGAAAGGGAUGCUCUUGUACUGAAACACAUUCACUUUGUUUACCAUCCUACGAAGGAUACUUGCCCUAACAGCCCCCACUGUGUUGACACUAAGAUUGAGCAGAUACUGGCUUCCAGAUUCCCCACCCGAUACCCAUCGUCAGACAGCACUAGACUGGAAGGAGGAAGGGCUGAACGGAUAAACCUUGUCAUCCUAGGUAAAAAUGGACUAGCCAGAGAAAUGGCAAACGAGAUAAGGGCAUUGUGUACCAGUGAUGACAGGUAUGUUGUUGAUGGCAAGAUAUACGAGUUAACCCUUCGUCCCAUAGAAGGCAAUGUACGUCUGCCUGUCAACUCAUUCCACACACCUACCUUCACACCCCAUGGUUGCUUUUGUUUAUACAAUUCAAAGGAAUCCCUCUCAUAUGUUGUUGAGAGUUUAGAAAAGCUUAGAGAAACAACAAUAAGCAGAAGGGAAAGGGAAAACAGCUUAGCUCUACUCCCACUGUCCCUCCUGCUGGUCACUAAGCGGGGGGUUGGUUCCAUUGGGGAUAUCGGAGGGGAAACAGCUCAGACUCUGAUACAGCAGGGGCAGCAGGUAGCUGCAAAGCUGCAGUGCACCUACCUAGACCCAGCCUCCCCGGGUAAGGGUUACGGCCGCAAUGUCAGCGAGAAGCAGCUUAGCAUGAUGCUAAGAGGCCUCUUAGAAACCCGGAGAAACAUUGGAAGCAGCUCCCCUACAUUGCCCCCUUUAUCCUCUGCUUAUAGAGACUCUCCGUCUCAGCAAGGCUGUGAGGCAGACCUCAGGAUAGUCAUGUGCCUGAUGUGUGGGGACACAUAUGACUUAGAUCAACUACUUGCACCAUUCCUUUUGCCCCAGCAUUGUCGUCCUGCGUCAAGUCUUAGCAGCGGCACGUCCGUUCUCCUGGAUCUCAUGAUAGGGGGUCACAGGCAGAACGUUGAGUUGUCGUUGCUCUCCUUCCACUCCUCAUUUUCCCUCCGCAAAACAGGCCUUGUCCACGGCUACAUCACAGUUUACUCCGCCCGCCGCAAAGCCUCCAUGGAGACUAUGUGCGCUUUCCUUUGUGAGGUCCAAGAUGUCGUCCCGGUCCACCUGCUAGCAGUAGGGGAGAGUCAGAUGGAGCUGUCAGACUCUGACUCUGCUAAGGAGCAAAUCUGUCAGGGAGAGGAGCUGGCCCAUGAAAUAAAUGCCAGAUUUAGCACAGUAAUAUGUGGACAUGGUGGGGUAGUAGGGGGACUUCACAAGAUAGACCUUUUCCAGUCCUUCUUACACGAGGUGAUGGAAAAGCGCGCCGUUGUUGAGGCUGCACACAUGUUUGAUAAUACAGCCGAGGCCUGCACCAACGAGAGCAUCAGCCCUCGCUGUGGGUCCCCCAGUCCAGUUCCCACUCAUGUGGACUCAGAGGAUGACUUUGACCCAUCACUGCUUUACCCUACAUUUAGGGAUUGUGGUAGUCUAAGUUCCCACCUGGGAAGUUUCAAGCUGCCAGAUCUGGAAUCAAGUGAUACAUUUUCUGUCAUUUCUGAUAUUGGCACAUUUGAAAACAAGCUGAACAAUAAGGUGCCUCCACAAGUAAAGCCCAAGCCCCCCCGCAAAGUAAAUCUCGGAUCCUAUGUUGAUCAGCAAGGAACCUCCAACCGAUCCUUCUUGCACCAAAACGUCACCUGGGCUCCGGGGAGUGACGGCGGCUAUGACCCCUCUGACUACGCAGAGCCUAUGGACGCUGUGUGCAAACCUCGACCUACAGAGGAGGAGACUAUUUACUCUGUUCCCCAUGACAGCACACAGGGCAAAAUGGUCACCAUCCGCAACGCCAACAAGGGCCACGCCAAUGGAAGUGCCGUAGGGAACGGUUCGGACAGCGAGGUCGACAGCAGCUCACUGGAGCGCAGGAGAAAGCUUUCCGGUUUUGGUGAAAAGCCUAAGCUUUACCGAGACAGGUCCCAACGGCUUGGAAAAUUUAGUAGUUUUAGGACAAGCUUCUCUCUUGGCAGUGAUGAUGAGAUGGGUGGUCCACCAAAGAUAAGCCAUGAGGAUGGAGUGCCUCAAAAGGAAAACUCCAUCGACGAAGGUGAUGAUCACAAAACGAUGAAGAUUCUCCGGGGACUCCGCAGAAACACAAAGAAACAACCACGGGCCAAGCCGAGGCACUCCAACUCCAAACCUAUUGAGAGCAACUACUUUGGCAUGCCGCUGGCGGCUGUGGUCACUCUUGAGAGACCAAUCCCUGUCUUCAUUGAGAAAUGUAUCCGCUUUAUUGAGACCACAGGUGUGAGCACAGAGGGAAUCUACAGGGUCAGCGGCAACAAGGCGGAGAUAGAGGGCAUGCAGCGACAGUUUGAACAAGACCACAACCUGGACCUGGAGAAGGACUUGAGCAUCAACACAGUUGCAGGAGCAAUGAAGGCCUUUUUCUCAGAGCUCCCCGAGCCUCUGGUGCCCUACAGCAUGCAGACGGAGCUGGUCGAGGCCUUCAAGAUCAACGACAGGGAGCAGCGCUUUCAGACGAUGAAGGAUGUCCUGCGACAUUUUCCCCGGGAGAAUUACGAGGUCUUCAAAUAUGUCAUCAGCCAUUUGAACAAGGUGAGUCAGAACAGCAAGUCUAACCUGAUGACCAGUGAGAACCUCUCCAUCUGUUUCUGGCCCACGCUGAUGAGGCCCGACUUCACCACCAUGGACGCUCUCACCGCCACCCGCACCUACCAGACAAUCAUCGAGAGCUUCAUCCACCAGUGCGCGUUCUUCUUCUACAAUCAGCCCCUGUCCAAUGGCCUCACCAGCUCCCCCAACUCCACGCUCUCCGGUGGCGGCGGGACCUCGGCGUACUCCUGCAUGGCCGGGGGCUAUUCCUCCUCCUCCUCCUCGUCGGCUCCGUCCCCCGCCGCCGCCUACGUCCUCCCCGCCACCCCUCCUGUCAUCCCCCAUUACGGUCCUCCUCUCCACCAACACCACCAUCAACACAGGUCCCCGUCCCAUUCCCCUCCACCCACCCCACAGUCCACCAUCCCGGCCCUGCUGCCGCCCUCGCUUCACCCCCAUCACCCGCCGGCCGAGCAACACACGCUGUGAACCAGGGAUCAAGGGAACGAGAAGGAGUUUUAGGAGGUCAAGGAAGAAAACCGGUUGCAGGUUGUGACGGAUUGGAAGAAGUAAUCUAAGAUGGAAGUUUAAGUUGGGAGAGAUUGAGCGAGAUGCAGUAUGUACAGGGAGGAACAGACAUGUUUGGGGGGGGGGUGGGGGGGGCGAAUAGUCGGAGGCGUUUCACCCUCUGCUGGUUUCAGAAAACAGAAGUAUGGGAAACAAUGAAGAGCCUCUGAACUGACUGGAUGAACUUUCUCCUUCUUUGACACUUUAUUCCCUUUUGUUUCUUUAUCUCACUUCGUUAGUCCCACCCUCACUGCCUUUUUAGAGAAGCUGCACACUACCGAGGAGUGAUGCGCUGGCAGUAGCUGUUGAAGGGACGCGGUGGGCUUUCACCACAAACACGGGCACGCCUACGACAGGAGAACCCUCAAUCUUGGGAACUGCCGUCGGCCAAAGCACGAGCCCACCUGCUGCAGCGGAGGACCCCGGAGGCUGCGGCCGCGACAAACUGUGCUUGUUUGUUUCACCGCUGUGCAGAGGACUUGCGCAAGAAAACACAUGUUAAAGCUCACCCAACAGGAUGUUCAGUCUCGAGAGGCUGAGAAAUUCCUGUCAGCCCCUAGCGCACGCGCGCACACACACACUGAACGAGAUGCAAAAUCAGAUUUAAUCAUGGCAGUAUGCGAGGCAGAGUUUAAAAAAACAACAACAGCCAACUGGAUCUGCUGUGCAGGAUUAUGGAGACAGCUUCCCCAUGCUUCUUGAACAUCAUUCCUCUUCCCAGAUAUACACCUCAGCCGAACAUGUGAAAUGUUCUGAUUGGUCCAAAAUGUCUGUUCAGUGCCAUGUCUGUCUGUGUGCACCUGCAUCCCUGCUUUUUUUUUUUUUUGUUAUUCAGUUUGUUUAUGCUGAAUUUCCCUCAACUUGACAGUUAGCAGGAGUAAUUCCAGUGUUAGACCAUUCCCUGUCAUGUUUCUUUUCACGCUCUGGUGGUUUUUACAACCGAGCCUGUGUUGUUGCCGUUUUUCAUAGAGGACCUUGUUUAAAAAAAAAAAAAGAAGAAAAAAAAAAAAGCACUUUUCUGAGGCACAUUUUCAAAAGGGGAGCUGCCAUAAAGUGGCAGCCACUUUUGCUGUCAGUCCACUUUCUUUCUGGGAGCACAACACUGACAUCUAGAGGACAACUUGGGGAUCACCGCCACACGAGCAUGGGCGUAGUACCUUUCUUUUACUGUGGUUUCUGUAGCAUCUGGUGCAAUUGUCAAAAUUAGGUGGAGUCAGAUUAAAUGAAGUGGAAAUAGAUGUUUUAGUUUAGAUUUAAAAAAAAAUAGGCAAUUUUACUCAAAAGCAAAUAAAUAGAUUAUAAGAAUUACAAAUGUGUAGCUGCAAAUUCUAUUAUGUUGCCGUUUUCUCUUUUGCUACCAGCUCAAAGCUUGAGAAAGAGCUCUGUUCUCUUUCCGACACCAUGAUUUUAGGAAAAACGGACACAGGGCGAGAGAGAUCAGAGCUGGAGGGUGUUAACCAGUCGGGGCCUGAGUAUUGGACACAGCUUUAGUCUAGAAUCUAGAACAAAAUGCUCUGUCUGGUCUUCUUGGUGGGCAAAAAAAGGAAUUAUAACCACUACACCAAGAGCUAAACCCCACUGUGUGCCACUGCAUCCCCUGUCCAAAAGAGACUGCAAAGAGAGAACAGGGAAGCCCAUUCAUCUGCGCGCACGACCCGAUCAGAGCAUCGCUGAAUUCCUCGGCCGAGCCUGGCGUUACUGUAGAGACCGGCCGGGAUGCAGCUGGAGGAGAAUCGCUGAACUGCGAUGGAAGGAGGUUUGGGGGUCUCCCCUGCAAGUGUCUCUGGGAUUAUUCAGCUCGACAGAAACUAAAAAAAGACUAAAAAUGCAUCCGAUUCAACCAGCCAGUGACGACUGCAGGUUUUGUUUUUUGUUUUUUAUCCGUUCACCUCGUUCAUUCACCUUGUGUGUUAGCGUGCGCGCGUGUGUGUGUGUGACACGAGAUCCGGCCAGGCGUAAGUGGAAGGAAUGCGACUCUUGCUUGUGCUCGUUUACCCCCACUGUGUAACCCAGUUAGCUCGUCCAGAUCUCACACACACACACACAUACCGACCAGCAGAGGAAGAAGUGCGAGGGAAAACCGAGCAGGGUGGGGGGCAGUGUGGGGGUGGGGGCGUACGGGUGAAUGGGAUCGUUAUCUGGGAGACUGAGGGGGGAAGGAGGGCGGCGCCCACUGGUGCUGCUGUGAGAAACGCCGGCUAGUGGUGUUCCCUUUGUACAUCGACCUGUUAAUACUGAACUGACUGUGAGGCAGCCAACGACUGUGGAGGGGGGGGGAAAAAAGGGGGAAGCAAAGGGACAAUUUCAUGAAGAGUUGCAUUCUGAUAUUAAACUUUGGUUCAGUGAUGAAAUGAAUUUUGGCUGCGUAUGUUUUUUUUGUUUGUUUGUUUUUAUUUUUGCAACAAAGGUGACAGAUGUCUAAGUUAAAUCAAGAAACAGGCAACACUAUAUUCAAAUGCUUGUUGCGGGUGGGUGGGUUGGUGGGAAAUCUAACACUUUGCCCUUUAGUCAGUGGUUAUAGAAAACACAUUUUUUUUUAUUUUAUUUUCAUGUUUAAUUUUAAGAAGAAAAGAAAAAACAUGUUUUUUUUUUCCUUUCUUUUUUUUUUCUUUAGCAAUUUCAUUGUGAGCAAAGGAGAGACCGGCCCAGUAUAAUGCAUGAUUUCUUCCCGACAGAAAGGAAGAGGGCUUCAGCACUCUCGGUAUUUAAGUAGUGAUGAU